CAGCGGGUGGCGGUGGUGAGCCUGUAGGGCUGCUAACCGCCAUUACUCCAAGAGAAGAGGAAGAAGCACUGUUAGUCUGAAACUUCUGCGGGUUUUUCAGGGAUUAAUUCACUAAAUCAGCUCACAGGAUCCUGAACACAGAGACCAGCUACUCUUCUUUACUCCUUUAUAUAAAAUAUGAACAUUUCCCCCCGCUGUAAAUCACCACAGAGGCGCUCAGAUAUCAGCUAGUCAAUUGACACUACACCAAACCUUUUGCUUACAAUGGACCCCCUCAACACCCUCUCCAACUUUGAGUCAGAGAUGGAGUCGGACGGUCAGGGCAGUUACUCACUCUUCCCGGCUCUGGACAGCAUGACUGGAUUGUCUGCAGCGUCUGAAGCUCUGGAGGCGGAACCAUCUGGAGAAGUUUCGGACAAACCGAACCUCACGUGGCUCGAUGCGGCUCAGAUUGUCCUUGAAGAGGCUGGACGCCCCAUGCACAUCAAGGAGAUCAAGCAGAGGAUCAUUGAUCGGGGACUGGUGCAGUCCAAUGCAAAGUCGAGCCUGGAGGCUGUAAUGUACCGUGAGACUCAGAAAGGGAGCAGGCGCUUCAAGAGGAUUGAGAACAGAAAUGGAGUCUUUGCCCUCUUGACUGAUGAAGAGAGGCAGCAGGCCCUGCAGGCGUUUACUGCCCAGACCACUUUCUCCACUUCAGGCUCGUCUCUGCCGUCCGUUCCCUCACCUCAUGGCCACUUGGACAUCAAGCCAAAAGUGAAGAAAGCUCUCCGCAAGAACCAGAACGAGAAGUACAGGCUCAAGUACCUCCGUCUGCGCAAAGCAGCUCGCGCCAUGAUCUUUGAAAACGCAGCUCUGUGUGAUGAAGUUGCUCACUUGGAGGAGAAGUUUGUGCGAGCGAAAGAAGAGAGGAGGUUCCUGCUAAAGACGUUAAUCCAGUAUCAGUCUUUGGCUGAAGGGGAGGUGAUCUCAACUCCCAACAGCUCCUCUCUGCCCCCUGCUGCCUUCAGCUCAGGUACUGCAGCUCCCGCCAUGCUGCCAGGUGGUCAGAACCAGGGGCCCGGGCACUCAGGACCUGAAGAUUCCUUCUUGAAGAAACCAAAGAAGGAGCGUAAAGAAAGAGGGAGAGAGAACGGAAGAGAAGACGUGUCGAGGAAGAUGUCUAAGAAGAGGAAAGUGUCUGAGAGUGGAAUGCGUAAACUGGUGCAGCCCAUCCCUCUGGAUUCUUCUGGCCGGCCUGUUUUCCCCAUCACACUGGGUGGCCUGACUGUCUACAGUCUGGGGGAGAUCAUCACAGAUCGGGUUCACUUUCAUGACGAAUACGCCAUCUACCCUGUGGGCUUCUGCAGCACGCGAGUUUUUGCCAGCACGAAGAAUCCAGAACAGCAGUGCCUCUACACCUGCCAAAUAAAAGAUGGUGGACAAGGACCACAGUUUGAGAUUGUGCCGGAAGAGGAUCCACAGAACGCUAUCGUGGCUUCAUCAGCUCAGAGCUGCCAUACAGAUCUGCUGAAAGCUAUCGCUGCUAAAAGGGGUUUGCCCUUAACCAAUAUCGUCCCCUCCGGUGCAGACUUCUUUGGUUUCUCUCAUCCCACCAUCCAGAACCUGAUUCAGAGCUGCCCUGGAGCUCGCAAAUGCAGCAAUUACAGUUGGGUUCGCUUCGAGGUUUGUCGGCCGGGUGAAGGACAGGUCCCACACACUCUGGCGGAGGAGGAUGCGUCAGUAAACUUCGAGGCGUUCCAGCGCCUGCUGAGCUGUGAGGAUGGCCUGGCCAAUCAGAGCCUUUCUGUAGACCAGAGCAGCAGCACAGGACGACCGGUGCAGUCCAGCAUUUCCUCUCAGCAUCUGCUGAGUUCAGCAUCUCUACAGACGCCAUCAGCGAGCUCACUGUCCAACACGUGAGGACGCUCAGCACGGCUGCAGUGCUGGACCUGUGCCAGAGUUCCUGUUAAAGUGUUAGAAACUGUUUGAAAGAGGACUGAGUCAGUUUGGGUUGAUGAUGUAAAGCUGCAGGAGUGAAUGCGCUGGCUGUCAGUGACACCUAGUGGCCAUCCUGCUCCAUUAACCUCACAGAUCACCAAUAAUCUUCAUUGUUCUUCUAUAAGUACAUCACAUUACAUUUCUGGGAAGUUUUGUAUGUAGUUGGUCAGAAUUGUUUACCCUGAGGAUUUGUCAAUAAAUGGCUUUAAAAUUGA